AUGGCGCUUCCAACCACAAUGCAGGCCCAAGUCCUGAAUGCUUUUAACACCCCCUACGAACUCACUACCCGACCUAUCCCCCCUCCCCCAACAGGCCAUGAUAUCCUCAUCCGCGUCCACGCAGCCUCAUACUGCCACACCGACGCCGUCUACGCCUCCGGCGCCAUGGGCAAAACCCUCCCCUUGGUCCCCUGCCACGAGUUCGCCGGCACCGUCGUCGCCCUCGGCCCCGCCGUCCCAGCCUCCAGCACCCUCCAAAUCGGCACCCGCGUCGGCGUGCCAGGUCGCGCGUACCAUCCCUGCGGUCGUUGCAAGGAAUGCGAAAACACAGAGGAUGAAUCCGGCUACUCCGUUUACUGCCCUAAGGCCGGCAACAACGGCAUCUCGCGCGAUGGCGGCUUCCAGCAAUACACCCUCGUCGAUGCAAGACAGGUCGUGCCGAUGCCGGAGGCGUUGUCGUUUGUGGAGACCGCGCCGCUCAUGUGCGCGGGGCUGACGGUCUUCGCGGCGCUGAAACGCUGUAAUCUGCAGCCUGGUGAUGCGGUGGGCAUUGUGGGCUGCGGUGGCGGUUUGGGCCAUUUGGGCGUCCAGUUCGCGCUCGAGAUGGGCUAUCGGGUCAUCGGUGUCGAUAAUGGGGACGCUCCGCUUCGGCUGGCCCGGAGCUGCGUCGAGCCCGAUUCCGCCGCCGCCCACAUUUUCGACGCGAGGACCACGGACGCCGAUGCGGUUCUUGCGUCCCUGGCUGAGUCGACGGGGGCGGAGUCCUUGCCCUCCGAGCGCGGCAUCCCGGCCGUUCUCAUCCUGCCGGAAUCCCAGGCCGCUUUUUCAUUCGGGAUGUCGCUCCUGCGUCCGCAUGGUCGGUGUGUGGUAGUAUCAUUUCCGGAGAAAGGGUUCGCUUUCAGCGCGAAGGAUCUCGUGUUUAAAGACGUGGAGAUCGUGGGUAGUCUCGUUGGGAGCAAUCGGUGCGCGAGAGAGAUGCUGCAAUUGGCGGCGCGCAGCAAUGUUAGGGCGAGGGUGAGGACAUGGAGUUUGGAAGCGUUAAAUGAGUUGGUGGAGGCGUAUAAGAAGGGAGAGGGGGGGAAAUUGGUGGUGGAUUUGGAGGCGUCGGGGCUGGGCGAGUUGAGUAGGCGGUGA